UUAUGCUCUGGCUUUCGUGUUUAACAAUGUGACCGCUUGUCCCUUCAUCCACAGAGUCGCCGAUUAAACGACAAAGAUGACGAGACAACUCCCUGUUUUUUUAAGAAGAAGAAGAAGAAGAAGCAGCAAGAAUUAUAUAAUAAGAUGCCAGCCUAGGUAGGACCGUGAUGGAGAUGUGCAGGUAUGUCAAUGGAGCACCCAGAUUCUGAGCCAGUUUUCCAAGCUUUCUGCCCACCUGAUUCCAGCUCCACUCUGUCGUGUGCUCCCAUCUCUUUAUUUCUUGCGGUCGAGGCAGAUCGAGUUAAGAGGGCUCGAGGAAUUCUCGUCGCCCAUGGGUGCCUGUGUUUCAAUAGAUGACGAUGCUAAUGGGAGAGUGGCGGAGAGACGCCUGAUUCAGUCUCCUUCUCAGCUGGAUGGGGCUUUUGUUGCCCAAAGCAAAUUGGCUUCUCAGCAUUCCAUCACAUCGUCAUGGACGACUACAGGUAGUAAAGACGAGAUGUUUUUCGACGCACAAGCGUGGCAGGAAAGCAGCUCCGAGGAUGACUUCUUCAGCGUCAACGGAGAUUUCGUUCCAUCUGGUGCGAGCAGUCCGAUUCAUCGGAGAAGCUUCUCUGGUUUCCCACCUGCGACCAGAACACUGUCUGUGAGCAGAAGCAGCUUUUUCAAGCAUGAAUCUCCGUCGUUUACGGAGAAGAAAGAGCCCCACGAUCACGGCAAUGUCCUCCCCAACCCCAAGCACAAGAAGGAGAUACAGCUGGUUCAGUUCUUUCAAGACAGAUUUUGGACCAGUCAGGCUGGACUACUUGAUCAUGACAGCCACCCUCACAAUCAACGCAUAACCCACGGCAAGUCAAUGCCAAAGCCAAAAGGUACUUAAAUGCAAACUCCAAGGGCUGACAGAUACCAAA